CGUUUUCGCGGCAUCAAAUCGAGCAGACCUGUGCCGCUCCGCAGAGCGAGUUCGCCCAAAUAAAAAAAAGAAUUAUACGAAAUUCCGCCUGUGUUAGGAGCAGAGAAAAGAAUAAUUUUAAACCAACAUACACAAUCAGUUAGUUUCCACCGACAGUCCGCAGAAACCAUUCGACGACAACGGUACGGGCGCGCGAUUGUCGGCAAUCCGAAAGAUAGCCAAAUAUUAUUACUCUUCAGAUACUCACCGAGGGCGUUGAUUGAAGAUCACCCAGACAACUGCAGUUUCGAGUGAAGUGUUUUUUCAAAUCACUACAAAAUUCUGUGUGAAAAAUUGUGCAUUAAUUAAUUAAUUAAUCAAAAUAAAUACAAGCUUCCUGCGAAUUUCACCAGCUGAAGCAACCGAAGUGACACCCGCCAAGCAAAUCGAACCCAAAUCGAUCGAUCGAUCGAACGUGUGAAAAGGACUUUCGGUUUCAUUCAGAGUGUGCGAUUAAGCGAUGGAUUGCUGAUUUUCCCCGGCAAAGCGCACUUUUUGCGGAAUAAAUAUAAAAAAGAAAAUAACAACCGCCGUGGCAACUAUAACAAUAAAAACAACAACAGCCGUGUGGCAUCUUCAUAGAAGCAACAAGUUCUGUCUGCACUUCGUAUAUGUACUUAUCACAUGGACAUAUAUACGCACAGAUAUAUAAAACAAAAAACGAUCGAUUCUCGUGCCAGCGCGUGUGAUUGUGUGCGUGUACCCAUGUUGCAUAUAUAUAUGCACAAAAAAUAUAUAUAUAUACAUAUAUAUAUAUCUAGAGCCGACUGUUGCGACGACUUUUCUAUAUAAUCGGGCUAGUGAGCACGCAGACAACGAAAAGGUGCACAACUACACCAACAGAUGCGGGUAUAUAUGUAUUGCACAUAUAUCUAGCCAAAGCCAAAGUAGAAGAUAUAUAUAUAUAUGCGUAUAAGCUGAACGCGGCGCACUCUGCUCUGUUUUUUCUUUUAUAAUUACUUUUGUCUAAAAUUAGAAGACGUGUGUGUUGUGUGUGCCCCGUCCGUGUAUCCGUAUCCGUGAGAUACGCGUGAGUGUCCGCGUCUGCUAUAUCGCACAUCAUCAUCGCCGUACACCAUCCGCCGUCCAACAUCCACCAUCAUCAUCAUCAUCAUCAUCGCCAUCGCCAUCACCAUCAUCGUCGUCUUCGUCGUCGUCGUCAUCGUCAUCAGAGAUCAGAGAUCUGCGGCGGAGUGUGUGCCAGAAAAGACGACUCGUGAAUCAGACUACGGCUGCGACUACGGCUACGACUACGGGUGCGACUACGGCUAUAUAGGCGAGAGAUCGCGUAUACGGCCAGACAAACAUUAUCGUAUAUCUGGUGGCGAGGAUUACAAUUACAAGAUCAGCAAACGCAACAGCAGCAGCAGCAACAGCAACAGCAGCAUCAGCAGCAACAUCAGCAGCAGCAGCGGCAUCCGAAGCUAAAGCCGAAUACGAAUACGAGUACGAAUAUCCGAGCCGCACAACCGAAUACGAAUACGUUUACGAAUACGAAUCCGAAUCCGAACACGAAUCGAGGCGAUUCGAAACGAUCGCGCGCGUGAAAAGCCUCGUGAAGAAAAGCGCUACGAGCAAAAAAAAAGUGGGGGAAAAAUCAAACGCCACGCGACCUUAGGCCCGUCCAAUUUUGGGGGGGGUGGGCGUGCAGCGGGGCGUGGCCGUGCGUCGACUCCUAGCGAUCGCUCAAGUGAAACGCCGUGAAAUUCUGUUCAGAUAACAAAAAUGAGUCACCAAAAUAAGCAGCAACAGCAACAACAGCAACAGAAGCAGCAACAGCAACAUCAAAAGCAACAGCAACUAUCGAGUGCGGCCAAGUGUUCAUAAAUUAAUGCUAGGCAUACAGUGUGUUAGACCAGUCCGAAAGACACUAUCCCCUCUCUCUCUCGCUCUCGAACAGUCCGUCUCUCUCUCUUGCCCCUGCUGUCGCUCAAAAUGCUACGAAACUAUCGAAAGUAUUUGCAGGAUAAACGGAAAUACGAUAAGCCACAGCGACGAGGCAGCGAGUUUUACAUUUGUCACGUUUAGGCAAAUUGCAAGGACACAGGACACACCAACACCAACACCCCAGCAGCAGCAGCAGCAUCACGCAGCAUCACGCAGCAGCAGCAACGCGCAGCAGCAGCAACACUCGCUAUCGAGAUUUUGUACAUAAAGUCGGGGCAAUAGCAGCAACAACUUUGGAGGACGCCAUGUAUGCGCAACAUUUGCGCAAAUGGAGUCUAAAAACAAAAAAGCAACUAAUGCCAUUGAUAUUGCUAAUUAUCAGCUACAUGUCAGCAACAUGUGUGUUGUCGUCGUCGGCGACGACGCAGCAGCUGCAGCUGCAGCAGCAUCUGCAUCUGCAGCAACAGCAGCAGCACCUUCCAAGAUUAUGGGAAGGCAGUGCCGAAGAAAGCAGCUACUAUAUACCACUGAGUUCGGAUAACGACAGCGGGAGCAGUGAAAGCGCCGAGAGCAGCAGCAGCAGCAGUAGCAGCAGCAGCAGUAGCAACAUCGACAACAAUAUCUUAAGUAGGCUGCUCAGCCGCAACAGCAAUAGUCUUAGUAGCCGUAGCAAUGUUAAGUUAAAGCCAGCAACAGUAUUCGACGCCGGCAGCAGUUCACCCGCUCAGCAGGAGCAACAUGUGGCUGCGGUGCCAGAGCAGCAGCAGCAGCAGCAACUGCAGCAGCAGCAGCAACAGCAGCAACUGCAGCAACAGCAGCAGCAACAGCAGCAGCAGCAGCAACAGCAGCAGCAACAGCAGUCAAUGCAAAAAGUUCCAAAUACUUUAAUCAAUAGUCAAAUAUAUAAUUUAUUAUACAAUGGCAUGCCCAGCGAGGCGGCGAGCAGCAAAACGCGUCGUCACAUUCAAUCCACACAGCUGCCCCAUCAGCUGGAGAGCUUAGCGCAAAUGCCGAGCAACUACAGCAAUCGACCGGCGGUGCGAAGCUAUCUCAUAGAGUCUUAUGAGUUGCCAGUUAGCCAGCUGGCGGAGGAUCACAGUGCGGAGCAGGCGGCGCGAAGUCGUCGCGAUGGCAGCAGCAAUGCCAAUGGCGGCAGUCGGCAGAAACAUCGCAAUGGCCAUCGGAAGCAGUUGCAGCAGGACAGAAGCGAUCAUCGCCGCCAGCGGCAGGAUCAGCAGAAGGAGCAGCGCCGCCAGCAGCAGCAACAGCAGCCGCAUCAGCAUCAGCACAAGAGCAGCAACAAGCAUCACCACCACCAGCAGCAGCAGCAACAGCAGAAGCAGCAGCAGCGCGGGAAGCACCAGCGGAAUCGUCAGCGGAAUCACCAGCGAUCUGGACGCUACUGCUCCGCACGGGAUCCCGCGCAAUUGGCGUAUGCGGCGCCCACCGUUUUCCAGGGCGUCUUCAAGUCCAUGUCCGCCGAUCGGCGGGUGAACUUCUCGGCCACCAUGAAGGUGGAGCGUGUGUACAAGCAGCAGCACGACCUGCAACUGCCCACCUUGGUGCGACUGCAGUUCGCGCUGAGCAACUCCAGCGGCGAGUGCGACAUCUACAGGGAGCGACUGUUGCCGCGUGGCAUGCUGCGAUCCGGAAAUGAUUUGCAGCAAGCGUCGGAUAUAUCCUACAUGAUGUUCGUGCAGCAAACGAAUCCCGGCAACUUCACCAUCCUUGGCCAGCCCAUGAUGGUCAGCGAGUCAGUGAUGAAAGCGGUCGAAUUGGCUGUGAGCGAAAAUUAUGCACAGAACGCAUCGAUCGAGAGGAUCAAGGUGGAGCCGAAUAACACCACCAUCCGGGAUGGUGAGCAACUGAAGAUCAUCUGCAAGGUGUCGGGCUGGCCGCUGCCGAAGGUCACCUGGUUCAAGGACGACAAGUCCAUCAAUCGCAAGCGCAACAUUUACCAAUUCAAGCAUUACAAAAGACGUUCCGAGCUGAUAGUGCGCUCCUUCAAUAGUUCCUCCGAUGCGGGCAAGUACGAGUGCCGGGCCAAGAACAAGGCCAGCAAGGCGAUCGUCAAGCGCCGCAUCAUGAUCAAGCCCUCAGAAGUUCACACUCCUCCAGCAGACGGGUCAGGCUUGGGCACACCCUGCCAAUUCGAGUACUGCUUCCAUGGUGGCGACUGCAGGAUAAUCUCGGAUAUCAACGAGGUCUAUUGUCGUUGCCCAAACGAAUACUUCGGCAAACGUUGCGAGAACAAAAGGCCCGACAGUAGGUACAGCUCUCCCGAAUCAUGCAAAAAUUAUCAGGGAGGUUAUUACUGCUAAAAUAGGCACUUCUAUAGCAUCGAUUGUUUUACGAGUCGAGUCGAGUCGAGUCGAGUCAAACGCGAGUUAUACACAAUACCUAAAUCGAAUCAAAUCAAAUUAAAUCAAAUCAAUCAAACCGAACUCAGUGCCCAUACCAAAAUAACGAAUAACAUAAAGUAAAAUAAAAUAAAAAAAUACGAUAACUUAACAGAUCUAUCUGCAAAGUACUACAACCUAAAAUAGAAAAAAUGGAAAAUCCAACGGAAUUCCCAUGGCACAUUUCACAGCCAUCCUACCACAUUGAAACUUUCUGCGAAACAUCUGAAACAGAGUGACCGAGAAAGUGAAAUAAACCAAAUAUAGUUGAUAAAGCCACAAGCACAGCACACCACCCAAUCAUACAGACAAAAAGUACAAAAACAGUAUGCAGAAUCGAACCCAAAACUAAACUAAACUCCAGACACCCAAUCACACUCCACACACACACACACACACAGACCCAACUAUCAGUCACUUUGUGAAACGACGAACUAAAGGUUUUAUUAGAGAACACAUUCCAAAAAAGAAACAAAGUAAAGUCUUAGUAAUGAAAACAAAGAGUAAACAAAAUAAAUAACUAACCAAGUUGUUCAUAAUAUUAAAUAAUUUUAUUAACUAAAAACCAUAUUAAGAGCAAUCAUUAAAAACGAGAAGAAAUCAAAUAAAUACGAAUAAAAACAAAGGGUGCUAUAGAAGGUUUAUUUUAAAUAGUGUUUACAUAGGAACUUAAUUUAAUUUCAACUCACUCAUCACACAAACCACACCAACCAAAACCACAAGUAAAUGUAAAAAAAAAACAGCAAAACAAAACAAAAUGAUCAAGCAACUCGGACAUACGGACAGACAUACGGACGGACAAGCGGACGGAUAACGGACAACAGAAAAAUUGGCCUAAAAGGGACCUUUGCCCCACAAAGUACUGAGAAACUUGUCGAAUCCUUUGGCUCAUCCCACAUUUACUCACCCGCCCCCCACACACACACACACACAAUAUGAAUAUCCAGAUUUACGAUAAAAAUCAACAGAGGCUCUCUUAGUUAGAUACACGAAUAUCAACACGCAUAAACGCUGGCAAGUUAGCCAAAAAAAAAACUCACUCACCCACAAAGGCAUCGAACUGACUGAACAUUUGAAACGGGAACUGAAUUUUGUUUUGUUUUCAGUGUUAUUAUCUGUAGUUUGCAAAUAUUAAAAACAAACCACAUUCAAUAACUCAUUAUAGUUUAUGAUUUCCAAUUAAUUUUAGUUACUACUCGUUAUUAGACAUUAACCAUUGGCUGUAGAUUUUGACAAACCAAAAAAACCAAACCAAUUCCACCGGAAAGAACCCAAUUAAAAUCAAACAAAACAAACAAUUUCAUUCUGCUCCUCGUUUACUUUUAUUUGGUGAUUGUUUUUUUUCGUAUUUUUUCUUUUCACUAAUCUCCUGCGUUUCCGAUUUGGGUAACUCUGUUCACUUUAUAACUUUCUUAGUUUGUGCUCGUUUCCUCCUUAAGUGUAAACGCCACGGCAAAGUGAGAUCUUAAGCUCGAAUGAACCAAAAAAAAAAAAAGAAAAUGCAAAUGAAAUCACUUAUUUUCAAGUAGUUCUUGCUGAAGACCUUCUCUUCAAAAUAUCCUACUGCAUGGAAUUUUUUCAUUUGAAAGCGCAAUUUGAUGCUUGUAGUUGCCCCUAAUUGUGGAAAUGGUGUUAGCCAGCUUUUAGUUAGCAGUAAAUGAAGAACUGAAAGAUUCAUUUUUUAAUUUUAUUUAUGAUUUAAUCUC